CCCCUGAACUAGUUGAGGUAUCACUUACACAAGUUGUGGGUAUUACUCCAUAUGGAAGUUACAUUGAAGCUGCCAGCAGUGAGAAUUUUGCUUCUCAGGCCCUAGAGAAUGAAAUGUUCUCACAUCAGCUUGUCGGUUUCAAAUUGGAGAAAGCAAAAUGAGUGACACGAAUCACUCCAGAAGUUCCCAGGAUUCAAAAGAUGCGACAUCAUCCACAAGUCAGAAUUCUAAGCCGGAUUUCAUGGAGGAUGAAGAAAUUCUAAUUGCCAAGAUGCACAGUCUAGUUGGAGAUAGGUGGUCUUUGAUAGCUGGAAGGAUUCCCGGAAGGACAGCAGAAGAGAUUGAGAAGUACUGGACUUCGAGACAUUCUUCAUCGCAUCGAUAGUAAAAUCCCAAGCAAAAAUCUGGGGUCUUGUUUUAUUAAGGGGGUUCACAAAUGUAUUACGGGAGAGAACAAUAAAACAUGUAAAUCACUGAAUUUUUUUCCUGAAGUACUUACAUACUGUGCAUCUGUGUAGUCGCGUUCGUAAACUUCAGCGCAUGUAAACUAAGUUAUCGCCUAGGUGACAGUACUGACUGACACCAUUUGUAUUGCUAGUCUACAUGUAAUCAGAUUGUUGAUUUGUUUUGAGCUACGUUAUGCUCUUGGUUUCUGGUUGUAUGACCAAGUGGUCCAUUGUACUUUUCGUACCUCCUUGGCCAAUUUGAUUAUCAAUUUUGGAUUUGUUUUGGUGGAUCA